CUCAACACCGUUAACAGCUCGUUGACUUUAUCGUCGCCCAUUCCAAUACAUGGAACCGGGACGCAUUCUCUCUCCGUCUCUCUUGUUUGAAAACAAGACUCUUAAAUAUAAAAAUAACAACGCUUUAAGAUGCUACUGCAUAGUUGGUAUUUAUGUACUUUGUUGUUAAUGUUUGACACUUCCAUUUUCAACCUGUUUUCCAUCUCCAAGGUAAAAAGUUCUUGUGCUCAGACAUCACGGGGAGCCUCGGAAAAUGUUGGCUAAAUAGACAAAAGCAAAAAAAGUAAGUGCUCGAGCAAAUUUUCUCUUCGAUCAUGGAGCUUUGUAACUGCAUCGAGCCACCAUGGCCGGCCGACGAGCUCUUGAUGAAGUACCAAUACAUAUCCGAUUUCUUCAUAGCACUCGCGUACUUCUCCAUCCCCCUCGAACUAAUCUACUUCGUGAAGAAAUCCGCCGUUUUCCCUUACCGUUGGGUCCUCGUCCAGUUUGGCGCCUUCAUCGUCCUCUGUGGCGCCACCCACCUUAUCAACCUCUGGACCUUCACCAUGCACACUCGUACAGUGGCCCUCGUCAUGACAACGGCCAAGAUCCUGACAGCUGUCGUCUCGUGCGCGACUGCCCUCAUGCUCGUCCACAUAAUCCCCGAUUUACUCAGCGUGAAAACCCGAGAGCUCUUCUUGAAAAAUAAAGCGGCUGAGCUGGAUCGGGAAAUGGGCCUUAUCCGGACCCAGGAAGAAACGGGCCGCCACGUUCGGAUGCUGACUCACGAGAUUCGAAGCACUCUCGACAGACAUACUAUUUUAAAAACGACGCUAGUCGAGCUUGGGAGGACUUUGGGCCUCGAAGAGUGUGCACUGUGGAUGCCGACUAGGGCUGGGCUGGAGCUCCAGCUGUCUUACACGCUCAGGCACCAGAAUCCAGUUGGGUUCACUGUGCCUAUACAGCUGCCUGUGAUUAACGAGGUGUUUAAUACGAGCAGGGCUGUGAAGAUAUCGCCGAGCUCUGCUGUGGCAAGGCUGAGGCCUGUGGGGAAGUAUAUGCCGGGGGAAGUGGUGGCUGUGAGGGUACCGCUUCUUCACCUUUCGAAUUUUCAAAUUCACGACUGGCCUGAGCUGUCGACGAAAAGGUACGCGUUGAUGGUACUGAUGCUGCCCUCGGAUAGUGCUAGGCAGUGGCACAUGCAUGAGCUGGAGCUUGUUGAGGUGGUGGCGGAUCAGGUUGCUGUUGCACUUUCGCAUGCUGCUAUUCUGGAGGAGUCGAUGAGAGCUCGGGACCUCCUAAUGGAGCAGAAUGUGGCACUCGACCUGGCAAGACGAGAGGCCGAGACAGCCGUGCGGGCCCGCAACGAUUUCUUGGCAGUUAUGAACCACGAGAUGCGGACCCCAAUGCACGCAAUAAUUGCCCUCUCAUCUUUGCUUCAAGAGACGGAGCUCAUGCCCGAGCAACGUCUCAUGGUCGAGACAAUUCUCAAGAGCAGCAACCUCUUGGCCACCCUUAUUAAUGAUGUCUUGGAUCUCUCGAGGCUCGAGGACGGUAGUCUUCAGCUCGAGAUUGCACCUUUUGACCUUCAUACGCUCUUCAAGGAGGCACUCAACUUGAUAAAGCCUAUUGCCUCUGUGAAAAGGCUCUAUGUUACGCUGAGCAUGUCCCCUGAGCUGCCAGAGUAUGCCGUUGGCGAUGAAAAGCGGCUAAUGCAAGUUCUCCUAAACGUUGUUGGUAAUGCAGUUAAGUUCACCAAAGAAGGUGGUAUCACGAUAACUGCUUUUGUGGCAAAAUCGGACUCACUAAGAGAUCCUCGGGCCCCCGACUUUUUUCCUAUCCCAAGUGAUAAUCAUUUCUAUCUACGCAUAGAGGUGAAAGACACGGGCUUGGGAAUCAACCAGCAAGACAUUCCUAAGCUUUUCACGAAAUUCGUGCAGUCUCAGCCUCUUGCUGCCAAGAACUCGGGCGGUAGUGGCCUAGGCCUUGCGAUUUGUAAGAGGUUCGUAAAUCUCAUGGAAGGCCACAUUUGGCUCGAGAGUGAAGGCCUUGGCAGGGGCACCACCGCAAUCUUCAUUGUCAAACUCGGGAAUCCCGGACGCUCAAACGAAUCCAAAUUACCACUUCUGCCCAAAGUUCCACGAUAUCAGGCCAACCCAAAUUUCUCGGGCCUCAAAGUUGUCGUGAUGGACGAGAACAAUGUUGGGCGUAUGGCGACAAAGGGUCUCCUUGUCCACCUAGGAUGUGACGUGCUGGCCGUUGGAUCGGGAGAUGAGUGCAUCCGAGCCGUCAAUCAAGAUCACAGAGUCGUGUUCCUUGACGUCACCAUACCUGGGGUCGACACUUUUGAGGUGGCCAUGAGAAUUCACCAGAAAUUCUCUAAACGGGCCGAACGGCCCAUGAUCGUUGCCCUAACUGGAAACACCGAUAAAAUGACGAAAGAGAACUGCAUUAGGGUCGGGAUGAAAGGUAUUGUGCUAAAGCCCAUUUCGUUGGAUAAAAUGAGAAGUGCACUUACUGAUCUCCUUGAGCAUGGCUACCUGCCCGAAUCUCAAUAAAAACACUUGUUGAACGAAAAAUGAAAGGUCUAUAGAAAAAUGAAACUUUUUUUGUUUCGUUUCGAUUAUUGGGAAAUAUGAAGGCGGCAUAUGAUAAUUUUUAACGUCUCGGAGGAAAUCGCGAGAGAUUUUUUAUGGAGAUGUGAAGAUGAUGACCCUGGGGAAUUAAUAUGAGUUGUAGAGAGUGGUAUGUACUGAGGUGCAUGCAGAAGAAGAUGAGCUUUUUAUUUAACUUUGAUUUAACUGUAAAAUUCUGGUCACACACUUGUGUUCUAGAGAGAGAGAUCGGUUUCUUGGUAACUUUCUUAUGAAUUGUAUGUUGAAAAAAAUGCAAUUGAAGAGGUUAAACUAAAAGAACUAGUGAGCUUGUUGAGGCUGUGUGUGUAUUUUAUUUUUAUUUUUAAUUGAAACGAUAGAUUCUAUUGCUCAGAGAAUAUACAACAGGACCGGG